AUGCCUCUCCUCAGGAUCAUAGGGCCCGCGUCGGCGACCCUGCUUAGCAUCAUUGGCCUUGCUCAAGCUGGGAGCUUGAAGGAUAUUGAUCAUGUCGUCCUCUUCAUGCAGGAGAACCGUGCCUUUGACCACUAUUUCGGCACCAUGUCGGGCGUGCGAGGCUUUGGAGAUGCGAAUCUGCAGAUGAACGACGGCGUCCCGGUCUGGAAACAGUUGACAAACUCGCACUUGACCACGAAGACUGACUAUGUGACGCCCUUCUACAUCAACUACCUCGGCGGCAACUGGUCAGAAGCAACCCAAUGUAUGGUUUCUGGGAGCAACAGUUGGCAGGAGAAUCAUGCUGCAUGGAACAAUGGCAGCAAUGAUCAUUGGGCCGUGGGCAAUAGUCCUUACAGCAUUGGAUUCUACAAGCGCCAGGAUAUUCCUAUUCAGUUCUCCUUGGCGGAUAACUUUGUGGUUGGGGACAUGUAUCAGGAGGGUGUUGUUGCUGCUACCAACCCAAACAGAGUGACAUGGCUCUCGGGCAGUGUCAACGCUCCUGGUGGCCCUCAGAGCCCAGACCAGGGUGGCAACCCUUAUAUCGACAACAACAUCACCCCAGGCUGUGAAACUGGCGGCUUCAACUGCUAUCCUCUCAAAUGGAAGACUGUUGGCGAGUACUACGAAGAUGCCGGUGUCACUUGGCAGGUCUUCCAAGACGAGGACAAUUUCGACGACAACUCAUAUGCCAGGUUUCAGCAAUUCCAGGAUGCCAAACCAGGAUCCAGCCUCUACAACAGAGGCAUAAAGGGCCUCUCACUCGAUACCUUUUACGCACAGGCUGCCAACGGAACUCUGCCCGAGGUUUCAUACAUCGUCGGCCCCACGGAACUCUCAGAACAUCCCCCUUAUUCUCCUCACGAUGGCGCUUGGCUGCAGUACCAGGUCGCUCAGGCUGUUCUCAACUCGCCCAAGUACCACAAAACAGUCCUCAUGGUCUCCUACGACGAGACCGGCGGCUGGUUCGACCACGUCAACCCUUACCACUCCCCCCAGGGCACCGCUGGAGAAUGGAUCCAAGACCCGUACGGAGAAGUCGGCUACACUUUUCUCGGCCCGGGCUUCAGACUGCCCUUUUACAUCAUCUCGCCCUGGACUCGCAACGGCGGCGUCUUCACCGCUCACAGCGACCACAACUCGCAGAUCCUCUUCGUCGAGAAGUGGCAGGCCGCAAAGGGCCGCAACGUCACGACGGACGAAAUGGUCUCGUGGCGCCGCAACCACAUGUCCGACCUCACCGACGCCUUUGACUUUGACCAUCCCGAUUACUCCGUGCCGCAGAUCCCUACGCCGCAGACGCCUCACACCGAUUCCAACGGCGUCUACGAUGGCUCGUCGUACUGCCAGUCGCUGUACUCUCAAGUGCAGCCACCGGUUCCGUAUACCGGCAACGGCGUGAUAUCCGACAUGCCCAGCCAGGUCGAAAAGGGGUUCAAGGCCAUGCGCGGAAUGCUCACCGAGGGCCGCCACAUUGUCCUCGAAGCAAACGGCUUUGCCCUCGCGCAAAAGACGACAUCCACCGUCCUCAGCAGAGCCACCGCGCGUCACAACACGCCCUCGCAGCGCUGGAUUGCUCACGCAGUGACGAUUGGAGGUGCGGAUUUCACGCUUUCUGACGAUGCUGGCAGCAACUACAUUUGCAAGUCUGCACAGCUUUGCAAGAAUGCCCGGAAUGCGGUUGUCUUUACUGUAAGCUAUAAGAGCGGAAGAGGAUAUGCGUUCCAGGUCAAGGGCACGCAGAAUUAUCUGUCAAUUGGCGGGCGUGGAACGUCCAGCUAUGUUUCUUUGACCGGAGGACUGGGAUAUUGGCAGGGCUAUAGCGUGAGCUACUAA